AUGGUUCGCAACAGAGUCGAGUUUCGCAACAGAGAUGUGAUUCACAACAGAGAUGUGAUUCGCAACAGAGGUGUGAUUCGCAACAGAGAUGCGGUUCGCAACAGAGUCGUGUUUCGCAACAGAGAUGUGAUUCACAACAGAGAUGUGCUUCAAAACAGAGCUGUGAUUCGCAACAGAGAUGCGGUUCGCAACAGAGUCGUGUUUCGCAACAGAGUAGUGUUUCGCAACAGAGAUGCGGUUCAAAUAACAGAGUCUUUCCCUAUCUCCAUUAAACUAUCACAUGACUCUCUCACAAUACGUCAUUCUCUCUCUCUCCCUCUCUCUCUCUCUCAUUCUGUCAUUCUGCAGGUCUCCUUUUAUUUUGUCUCUCUUAGAGUUCAUACUACUUGUAUUGUGAAGUGUUCUUUUUCUUUCUCUCUCCUUCUUUCUUUCUUUAUUUCUUUCUUUCUUUCUCCUUGCUUGUACCUACUUUCUUUUUUUGUAACAUCUUUAUUUAUUGCUUCUUACUUUCUUUUUUCUUUCUUUCUUUCUUUUUGCGUUAGUUUUAUUUAUUCCGCCUUCAUUUUUUCUUUCUUUCUUUCUUUCUUUCUUUCUUUCUUUCUUUCUUUCUUUCUUUCUUUCUUUCUUUGUGGUUUCUUUCUUUCUUUGCGGUUUCUUUCUUUCUUUCUUUGCGGUUUCUUUCUUUCUUUCUUUGCGGUUUCUUUAUUUAUUUAUUCCACCUUCAGUCUUUAUUUAUUUAUUUCUCUUUCUUUUUUCUUUUUUGCGGUAUCUUUGUUUAUUGGUUCUUUCUUUCAUUCUUUAUUACAUCUUCUUUCUUUGUUUUUGCACCCUCUUUCUUCCUUUCUUUUUUCUUCUUUCUUUCUUAUUGUGCUAUCUUUCUUUCUUUAUUUCGCCAUCUUUCUUCUUUUCUUUUACGUUCUUUCUUUUUUAUUUAUUUAUCUAUUACACAUUGUUUCUUCCUUUCGUUUUUACGCAUAUUUUCUUUCUUUAUUUCUUGCUUUUAUUCUUGCGUCUUCAUUUUUUCUUUCUUUAUUUCGUUCUUGUGCAUUUUUUUUCUUACUUUUCUUAUUUCUUUCGUUCUUGUGCCUUCAUUUUUUUUAUUCGUUUGUUCUUUCUUUCUUCUGUCUUCUUUCUAUUUUCUUUCUUCCUUCCUUCCUUUCUUUCUUUCUUUCUUCCUUUAUUUAUUUCAUUCUUGUACAUUCUUUCUUUUUUCCUUUCUUUCUUUCUUUCACCUUCUUUCUAUUUUCUUUCUUCCUUCCUUUCUUUCUUCCUUUCUUCCUUUAUUUCAUUCUUGUACUUACUUUCUUUCUUUUUUCUUUCUUCUGCCUUCUUUCUAUUUUAUUUCUUUCUUUAUUUCAUUCUUGUACUUUCUUUCUUUCUUUUUUCUUUCUUCUGCCUUCUUUCCAUUUACUUUCUUUCUUUCUCACAUUGACCGAGUGA